AUGACAUUGAAUUCGAAUACUCGUUUGGCGAGAUUCAUUCGAUUUUUAGCGUACGACUAUGAUUCGGAAAUUGAUAGAAACGCUUUGUAUCGUCGCAUCGUUGGAGUUAUUGGUGUUAAUGGGUUUAUAGCAUUGUUAAAAAAGCACCGGAAGUUAACGGCCAGUUCAUUAUUCGAUGGUUUGCCUAUCGUUGUUGCUAUACCGUUACUGAGAAGGAUAAUUCGUCAAAGACAUGCCAGCUGGUUCCUGGGUUUAACGAUUGGUCUCUCGCAGCUCAAGGCUAAGCUACCGCAUUGGAUUGUUUCAUACUGGGCUGUAGAAUCUGUUGUAGAUCAAAUCAAGCUCUGGGUUGAUUAUUCCAGUAUAAGCGAACGCCGUUGGAUUCUUCUCAGGCAAUUGGCAGCUAGUCUCUUGAUACCAAUCCUAUACCACAGAAAUCAAUCGAAGGGGAGAUUAUACAGGAUAUUAUUCGAGACUAGAAAACCUUGGAAGGACUUCCUUUUGUUAUUUGUCGCAUGGAAUGUCGUCAAGACUUAUAAGAAUGUGAAAUCCAUCCUUUUGAAAGAGAAGCUUAAGAAGAAUAAAGUGAAUACUUCCUCAAUGACGUUCGAUUCAGAGGCAAAGGAAUCUCAGACACAACAUGGUUCAAUGACAAGGAUACUCAUGCAAAGGUUAGAAGAGUUAAAUGAGUUAUCCGAUAAGAAAUCAAGCGGGUCGGUCAAAGAACGAGUGUAUGGUUAUUUCUUCAGUGACAAUUUUAUCAAAUGUGUAAAAUGGACGCUCUGGAGACAGGUGGUGAUGUUAAUCUUCAACGGUCAACAUUCCAAAUGUCUAAAGCCAUUACAUAAAUCGAUCAUCAUCAUGUUGUCAUUCACUUUGCUGAGCGACCCACAACAUUUAGAUAUUAACUGGGAGCUACUCAAAUACUUGGGGAGAUCAACGUUAUCUCAAGAACUUGGUAGGAUACCACAUUAUCAAAAACCAAUCAUUUUCGCUGCCCUUAGUCUCUCAUAUCUAACCAGGAACCCAAUUGCCUAA